CCGGGCGUGACUCUUGGGCGGGAAGGUGGAAAUAGGGAGGAGGCGGAAAAAAGGGCUAGGGCCGGAGGCAGAGGCGAGCUCCAAGCCCCCGAGGCUGCGCCCGCACCAACGUGGACGCUGGCGUGGGCACGGCCCUUGAGGAGCUGCCCUAAGAGGGCACGUGUGGCGGGUGUGAACCCCGCGAGGCUCCGCGGGCCGCGGGGCUGGGUCGGGAUGCACCUUCUGCUAGGCAGCCGCCAUGGGGCGCACGCACGGGCACAAGUUCCCUGGCCAUCACCUGGCUGGAUAUGUCCACGCAGCUGUCCCUGCCUGGUCCCCCGGUGCCCAUGUGGAAGAAGAGGGAAAGGAAGACAUUGAAGCCAAGGAGGAAAAUGAGAGGGAUAGAGAGAAUGAAGUGGAGAGCGAGAGCGAUAUGAAGGAAGAGAGUGAGGGAGACAUGGAGGAUGACCGAGAGAACAAGGUGCAGAACAACCAGGAAGGAGAAUCUGAGGCUGAGGGAGAAACUGAAGCAGUAAGUGAAUUUGACCCAGAAAUAGAAAUGGAAGCAGCAAGAGUGGCCUAGAGAAAAUGUCUAGCCCAUCGACUCGAUUUGAGCACCUGUUGUCAGGAAGAUAAGCACCUCACCUGUGGCCUGUGCCCAGUCAUUGGGGCACACCAGAGUCACCAACUCACCACCCUGGACUAAGCCUUCGAAGAACUGAAAAGCAAAGACACAGACCAACUGAGGACAGCUAUGAUAGAGUUGGUGGAAAGGUUAUAUAUACUUCAAAAGGAACCAAAGGUGACUCAGGACCAGUUGAAGGUGUUUAAGAAAGUUCAGAAAGUGAUUGCUGAUGAGGAGCAGAAGGCCCUUCAUUUUGUGGACAUCCAGGAAGAAAUGGCCACAGCUCAUGUGACUAAGAUACUGGCAGACAGCCAACCUCGCAUGGAUAGGUUGGUGACCCAGGCGGCCCAAGCCAAGGAACAACUUGGUACCUCUAAUGAAUCAGCUGAACCAAAGGAAGAGGUAAAAGAAAACAUCUACAUUUAUUGGUAG